GUGGGUUGUUUGUUGUCGUUUGAGAAGAAGCUGUGGCCAAACCAUCAGUGGUAUGAUGGCAUCGAAUCAGGACGAUGUCAGUGUUCUAAAUGUUGACAAAAAAGACAGCGUCACUGAAAAACAUGCAUCAAUAGCAGCCUGCGAAUUGUCAAAGAAAUUGCAAAAAAUUAUGCUUAGGCUGAAAGGUGAGUUUAUGAGUGAGGAUGGUAAAAAGAUCAAUUACAAUCGAAUAAAGGGAUCUCCACUGUUUGCUGAAUACAAACAGGAAGCAAAACAAUUGCAGAAUGUUGAUCUCGAGUCUCUAUCUGAACUUGAGAAGAAGGUGUUCUUUAUAAACACGUACAACGCACUGACGAUCCAUGGACUGGCUGAACAGCAGACGAUCCCGGACUCCGUGCUAAGGAUCCAGCAGUUCUGGAAAACAACCGGCUACAACAUCGGUGGCCAUGUCUUCACCCUGGACGACAUUGAACACGGCAUUCUCAGAUCCAAUCGUGGACAUCCAGCAUCCAUCCAGCCUCAAUUUCCACCCAAGGAUCCACGUUUAAAAUUUAUUGUCAAACAGAUUGAUCCAAGAAUUCACUUUGCUCUUGUUUGUGGCGCUAAAUCUUGUCCUGCUAUCAAUGUGUACACAACAGAGAAUAUUGAAAAUGCCCUGAUGGAUGCAACAAAGAAUUUCUGUAAACAAGAAGUGUCGAUGUUCACUGAAACAGAGGAAAUAUGGCUGUCCAAGCUCUUUCAGUGGUACAGACAGGAUUUCGGGGAAACCGACGUCCAUGUGGUCAGAUGGACAAUUCCCUACUUGGAGCCCAACAUACAGGACCGAGCCGAGAUCCUGUUGAUGAAGCUCACGACUCAAGGCACAGUGUCGAUAAACUACAACUACUACGACUGGGCUUUGAACGCGUCAUGAUUAAUGAGUCGGAUAGUGCAGCGGGCUAUUAAUACAGAACACAGUCACUAUCACAUGUGGGGGGGUUUGUGUGGUUGAGGGACAUGUGUUCAAAAUAUAUGGUGCUGGAAAUAAUGUAAUAGCAUUCAUUACACCCAGUGGUUAUUCAUAACUGGGGAAAUAAAAAAUACAAUUUUU